GCCGCGGCGUGCGCUCGCGCAUGCAUCACGGAUAAAUGAUCUAUAGAUCGUCAUAUAGUUAUAGUUUUUGUGUCGUGAUUAGCUGACAAAGGGCUAUUGUUGUUGCAUUCUAAGUGUCAAUUACAUUCCGUUUGGUGACGCGUGAUUUGAGUUAUCUUUUAUGGUCGACUGUUGAGCAACUGCAUCAAGUAGCGAUAAAAAAAAACCGCUUCAGUUUGUCCAAGACCGUCACGGCGUGCGCACGCGCAACUCGUUCGAACAAAAAAUUUCGCUGUGAAGUUUCGUAAUCGAAAUUGUGAUCUUUAUAGUGAUUGAAUGAAUAAAAACAGUGAUAUAGUGAAGCGUCUGUGAUAUAACACAUUCCGAAACGAUGCGUCGUCAAAAAUUCGUCUUAGAUCCAGACUUAGGUGAUCUAGAAGAGAUGCUAGCUCACGUCCAAACUCAACUUGAGCACGAGAUAGAUCAAGAACAAGAAGCUAAGAUGCCUUCGUACGCUAACGUUCAAGAGUCGCCUAAAAUGGUGAAAAGAACUUCUUCGUUCAGUCGUAACGAUGCAGAACUCCGGAGGCCUUUACCCAGACCUCCGUUAGUGAGAAUGAGUAGCGAAAGCGGUAGCAGGUCACUCAAUGGUGAUGCCAGAGAAACUUACGAUGAAUACAAUUACUGUGCACCAAAUUCAGAGUACAAUAGAGUUAAUCUUAGAAAUGGUGAUGAUAUGGGAUCGCUGUCGUCUCUAAAGUCUUUUAGAUCGGAGCCUGGACAAAGGCAUUCUGUUUUGAGUAUGCCUGACAAGAGGGGGUCUUCGGCGUCCCUCAAUGGGAGAGGCAGGACCGCUACAUUACCCAGAGGAUAUGGAUCGAGUAAGGAGAAGAACUGGGAGGAGUAUUGGGCGCACGAGCAAUCCAUAAGCAGCGCCCGGGCCUCCGUGAUGGUCUACGACGAUGGCCUCAAGAGAUGGGUCCCGUCGGGUUCCAGCUCUGGGCUGUCCAAGGUCCACAUAUACCACCACACGCAGCACAACACCUUCAGGGUGGUGGGGAGGAAGCUCAAUGACCAUGAGGUGGUGAUAAACUGCGGCAUAGUCCGCGGUCUGAAGUACAACCAGGCGACCGCCACUUUUCAUCAGUGGCGGGACGCUCGUCACGUCUACGGCCUCAACUUCUCCUGUCGCGAGGACGCCGAUAGCUUCGCUAGGGCCAUGAUGCAUACAUUAGAUAUACUAGCGAACAAGGCAAGCAACAACACCCCCCCUCAGCCCCCCCAGCCCCCGAACCCGCCCGUGCCGUAUAACGGGCAUAACAAUACCCACUACGAUGAAGACAUGGGGUACAGAACGAUGACCCGCGAGGACGCAGCGCUGCUCCAGCAGCAGCCCCAGUACCACGCGCCCCACGGCCAGCCGCCGCCCCAGCAGUACCACGCGCCCCAGUACAUCGCUCCCCACCAGCACCAGCAGUCCCCGCCGGGCGCCGCGCCCGCGCCGCCGCCGCACGCGCACCACACGCUGCCGCACGCGCCGCACGCGCCCGCGCACCACGCCGGCCACCACCGCACCAACAGUGCCCCGAUGCCACCCAACAUGUCCCUGGCGGCGGCGCCCCCCCCGCCGGUGCCCCCGCAUCAGAAUCUCCCGCCGCCUAACAAUACGCCGAUGCAUGCGCAACAUAAUGGUCCAGUGGCGCCGCCUACGCCCCCGGCUGCACCUCAACCUCCUCCAAUGGCGCCGCAGCCGCCCCCGCAGCCAGCGUCGGGCCCGCCCCCGCCUCCCCCGCCGCCCGCGGCCCCCUCCGCCGCGCCUCCCCCGCCGCCGCCCCCGCCGCAGCCCGCCCCGCCGGAUCCACAAGGGUUAGCCGCACAGUUGCAAGGCGCUAGGCUGAAGAAAACUAAUGCCUCUGCUAGUAAGCCGCCGGCGCAGGCGCAGGGCGCUCCGGAGGCGGCGUCCCCGCCGGGCGGCGCGGAGCACUCGGGCUCCUCGUCGUCGUCGGCGGGCAGCGCGCGCGCCGGCACGCUGCACUGCAUGAUGAACGAGAUGGCGCGCACGCUGGCCCGCCGGCGCGCGCAUCUCGACAGGGCCGAGGAAAGCAAUGAACCCGCCUCCCCGCCGAUGAAGACUUGGGAGCGAUCGGCGACACUCCCGCACAGGAUGCCCGCCGCGUGUAAUGGCGCCCCGAACUCGGACUCGCCCAAACAGGAGCCCCAGUCGCCUCGCUCGGUCAGAAAGCGAUUCGGAUCCGCCAGCGAAGAGACCAUUCUCAAGCAAGUGAACGGCGGCACCGACGGCGCAUGCGUCACCGCCGCCGAGUGGGACGCGUUCAAACAGGAGAUGCUGCGCGAGGUGAGGCAGCAGCUCGGCCAGAUGAAGAGGGAGAUACUGGACGCAAUGAAGGCGGAAUUCGCGCGAAGAUAAAAACGGGACGGGUUAGUAACCGAGUGAUGCUAGUCUGCCGAGCGGCCGCCGCGUGAACAGAAACACACAGUUAUAACAAUCUUGUCCAACACAUACACACACAAAAAGAUAAGUGCCAAUGUUGUGUGCAUUAUUUUGUUUUUGAUUAAAGGUUUUGUCAUUCCGUUUUGGAGAAAAGAUGUGUCUAUAGAACAGAACCACACAGUUAUCUCAAUCUUGUCCAACACACACACACAAAAAGAUAAGUCCUAAUUUUGUGCGCAUUACUUCGUUUUUGAUUUAAGGUUUUGUCAUUCCGUUUUGGAGAAAAGAAGUGUCUAUAGAACAGAACCACACAGUUAUCUCAAUCUUGUCCAACACAUACACACACAAAAAGAUAAGUCCCAAUGUUGUGUGCAUUAUUUUGUUUUGAUCAAAGGUUUUGUCAUUCCGUUUUGGAGAAAAGAAGUGUCUAUAGAACAGAACCACACAGUUAUCUCAAUCUUGUCCAACACAUACACACACAAAAAGAUAAGUCCCAAUGUUGUGUGCAUUAUUUUGUUUUGAUCAAAGGUUUUGUCAUUCCGUUUUGGAGAAAAGAAGUGUCUAUAGAACAGAACCACACAGUUAUCUCAAUCUUGUCCAACACAUACAUACACAAAAAGAUAAGUGUUAAUGUUGUGUGAAUUAUUUUGUUUUUGAUUAAAGGUUUUGUCAUUCCGUUUUGGAGAAAAGAAGUGUCUAUAGAACAGAACCACACAGUUAUCUCAAUCUUGUCCAACACAUACAUACAAAAAAGAUAAGUCCCAAUGUUGUGUGCAUUAUUUCGUUUUUGAUUUAAGAUUUUGUCAUUCCGUUUUGGAGAAAAGAUGUGUCUCUAUAAAUAAAUAAAUUGUAUCUACCUACUCGUAUUAUAAUUAUAUCCGUGACUUUUUCAAGUCAUACGAGUGAGGAUACUGGUGAAUUUCCAUGUUUGUUAUGCUAUAAUUAAACAAGAAUACUGGUGAUUUUCCAUUUUUAUAUACGUUAUAUAAGAAUACUGGUGAAAUUCCAUUUCUGGUAUACGUUUUGAGAAGGAUUCUGGUAUAAUUCCAUGUCUAUUAUAUAUCACAAAAUGGGAAUGUACAAUUUGUUAUGACGUCACGUAAAAACUUAUGAUGCGAUAAAAUCAUUCAAAAAAUGAAAAUGAACUAUUAUCAUGCAAAUGUCGCACGUCUUAAUAAAUGAAUACAAUUUUUCAUGGAAAUUAUAUGUCGUAAAAUAGAUGAUUUCAUAAUUUUAUUACAUAAAUGACUUGAAUUGAAAUUAAUGAUUAUUUGGUAUUUAUUAUAAGAAUGGAAAUUGUGAUUUAACAUGUUGAUUAUACGCCAUUGAAAAAACAUCAUAAAUGAUUUUGUUAAUAUUAUUAAUUACUUGUUUUAUACUGAAUACAAUAUAUAAUAUGUAUCAUAAAAUGUUUAUACACAUUCUUCGUCUUGAUAAAAAAAAAGGAAAACUUAAAAUUAUACACAUUUGUAUUUGUAUAAUAUGAGGCCUCUAAUUUAUACGGUUUUUUUUAUUAAUACGUAUAUUAAUUUAUAAGCAUAAAUUAAUAUAAAUUUGGCCUUUUCUAAUAUGUAGCUCAUUAGCCUGUAAAUUUUGUCCUAUUUCAUACGAUCAAGUGUAUUUAUAAUCACGUCUGAUUUUAUCAUAUAUUUGGCCUACAUUGAACAUUUUCGAGUAUUAAUUGAAAGUAUAUUUUUCAAUAGGAGGAAAUUUAACCUCAUUUGCUUUAUGAUAAAAACGGAGAAUAUUCAACCUUAUUUCUCAGUGAUAUAAGGUUACAAGCCAACAUCAUUAUCUAAUAGAAUUACACUUUAAAGUUCUGGCCUUGCGAAACACAUAUUGGUGACAGGCACAGACUAUGUGUAACGUUAUCAUUAGAAAAAUUAUAGCACGUCACAAUACAAGGACAAGGUAAUUAGUCGCAUGUCGAUUUUUUUUUAAUAAAAAUUUGACAUUGACUUUGGCAUUGACGUUUGUCAAUAUAUUGUCACCUUUUGUGAAAUUCUCUUUGCCCCAUGUUCAAAUUGAGAAUCUGUUCACGGGUACCGCGUUCGGCGUUUUGUGAUCUAACAACGUUAUAUUAGAAUCCGCGACCGACAACGAUGCGGCAACAAUGUUAAAUGUUGCUGGUAAUUGUCUAUUGGUUUGCUUGAAAUCAAUCGUUAAUGAUAUUUUUCAUGUUCCGUUAAGGAGACUUUCUCUCUUCUGUAAAUAUAAUUUUUCGUGAAUGUUCGUCUUAAAUUUGUUUAUCUUAAAUAAUAUUUAUCAGAACUAUUUCACAUAUUAUUUGUAUAUAAAUUUAUAUGCAAAUAUACUUUUGUCUUUUGUGUCAUUAAUCUUAUAUUAUUAACAUUAUGCAUAAUAAAAAAAUAUAUAUAUAUAAAGAAAUGAACCUUUAAUAUUUUGUGUACUCUGUAACUCAUAAUAAACACAAACAAAUGUCUGGACUAUUGAUUUCAAGUUAAAUGUAUGUAAUGGUUAUCAAUUUAGUGUAUAAGAUGCGAGAAAUGGAGAAUGACAUGAUUCCAAUAAUGUUCCGAGCAUCGAUUUUGAUAUAUUAUCGAUUACGAUUGGACGAAAUCGAUAACUAGACUUAGCGCACGAAUAUCGAAGCAUAAAAGUUGUGUUUUUUUUAAUUUUAUACUUAAUAAAAAAAAAAUAUUUAUUCGGAUACGUAUUACGAGUAGUGUUUAAGCGUCGUCGGACAUUUUAACUAUUGCCGGUGACACUAAUGUCGAUUUUAUCGUAUCCUAUUUUUUUAGUUUAUUAGUGAUGUACAUAGUAUUUUUAUUAUUUAAUUAUUUCCGCGUAUUACUUCUGUAAUUAAAAUCGACGACUUUUUUAAGAUGAUUUUUUUUAAAUAAUUAAAAUGACAUUAGUGUUAUCUGCGAAUCUAAUAAAUCUAAAUGUGUAACAUUCACCUAGUGUAAAAGUUAUAUAAACUAGUACGUACCUCGAUAUUUAUUGAAGUGUAAACGCGUAUUUUGUACGCUAUAUUAAAUUUAAGAUGUAACUGUUAUUCGAUUGAAUUCUUUGAGAAAAAAAUACAUUAGGUGUAUGUUUUUUUUUUCUUUUUUAAAUUUUAACUAGUUCCUAAAAGCGUCUUUUUUAUUUUUGUCAAAACAGUCUUAAUCUUCUUCUCACGCUAAAUAAAAUAUGAGAAAAUCAGUAUGCGGUUAAUUUUUCAAUACAUUUUUCAAAGAAUUCAAUUACUUAUAUACAGGUUGACUUUUUGAACAAAAUCCAAAUUUUCUCAAUCGCUUCACUAUUGCUUGGCUUAACCGACUUCCAUCAAAAAAGUCACAUUAAAAGUCGUAAUUUCGACCUUUGACAAACUUUUUAUUUUUCCUCUCAAAUUUAUUCAGAAUAGUCGGUUCAGUUUGGGUCUCUAAGAAAAUUUGUAUGCUGUUUUAAAAGUCGCCUCGUUAUACUAUGCGAUAAUAUGUAAUGUAAUUAAUUGUACGUAUUUAUAAUACGCAAUCGAUGUCGCUUUCCGGGCGUGUUAGUCAAAAGUCCUUAUUUCUACUGCAAAAUUGAAGUGUUCAAGAAUUAACAAGUUAGAUGUAAAAUAAACAAUUGCAUUUACAAAGUACAUAUAUAAAAAUACGUUUAAAAAAAAUGCUUUUCUUGCGAACGGUAUUUUUUUCAUUUUUAAUGGUAUUUUUGAAAAUAAAAUAUAAUACCGUAAGUUGACUUACGUCGUCUUAGUAAAUUUACUGUAAUGAUUUAUUUAAAAGAUUAACAGUAAUAAAAUUUUUCAAUUUCAAUUUACAAUAUUAGCUUUUUUAAUCAAUAUGCCGAAGAAGUGAAAGGGAUAUUGUAGAGACUUGAGUGAAGUCUACUGUCUCUGCCUACCCUCUUAGGGCACAAUCACAAAUAUAUAAAUGCAUAUAUUUAUUUAUAUUUGCAUUAUUACAUUGAUGACGUAAGGCACGGCGUUUCCAUAAAGUCUUCCAUAAAAAUGUCACAAUUUAUAUAUAAUUU